UCAGACAAAUAGCCCGUGAAUAAAGCAACAAGAAGCGAAAACACAAGAAGAUACCCGAACGGAAAACCAGAGAGAAACCGAUGACUUUGGGUCUACUUAAUGCAAACCCAGUGGUUCACGCCAAGAAAGAAAGGGUUGCUCGUACUGAAGAUCUUCACUGUGAUGAUUCUGUUGAUCCACUCGAUAUCUAUGAUUUUGUCAGAGAUAUAAGAGAUCCAGAGCAUCCAUACUCACUUGAACAGCUUAGUGUUUUAUCAGAGGAGUCUAUCACCGUCGAUGACAAACUGGGUCGUAUUUUGAUUACUUUUACUCCAACAAUACAACAUUGCAGUAUGGCCACAGUUAUUGGUCUGUGUCUAAGAGUGAAACUACAAGAGUGUUUCCCUCCAUAUUAUAAGGUUGACAUUAAAGUCGCUCCUGGAUCUCAUGCUGAUGAAGAAGCAGUUAACAAGCAGUUAAAUGACAAGGAAAGAGUUGCUGCUGCCUUGGAGAAUCCCAAUCUCCGUCAACUUGUGGAUGAGUGCCUCUACUCCAAUGAACUUUAACCAAGUACACUCGCAUGCUCAAAAGACUUUGUACAGUUUCAGUUGGUGGUUGAAUGCAAUAAACUGACUUUGCUGAAUCUUCUGAAUUCUGUGAUUCUUUCGAUAAAUUGCAUGGAUGUAUUUAGGAGGCUCAGUUUUAAACAAAGAAACUCUGUGAUGCAGUAUGUUGCAUCUUAUAGUGCGCACUCCUUUCUAGAGAUAAGUUGUAAUGAUUUAGUUAAAUCUUGGCAUUUCAUGCCGGAUAGGAAGCUUUUGUGCCUGAUAUUUAAGCUCUUUCGGGCAUUUCAGAUAUCGCAGAACUGGUAAUUUA